UAUUAAUCGACUGGAGAAAGUAUUUUUCAAAAUAACAAGAAGAAAGAUUAGGAUAGAUAUCAAUAUCUAAUUUGUUGUUAAAAUCAUGUCGUUAGAAACGAUCAAGACCUCAUGGAUCAAGUUUGGAAAUUGUCGAGACUUUGUCCUGAUCGGUAAGGACGCGAUCGCGAUGGCCUCCGGCAUUUACGUCCGUUUCCACGUAUUUGGAUGCAGAGAGACAAGAGUCGAGCGAUUCGAUGGCGGCGAGAGAGGAGACGGUGCGUGUUGCCUCGCUGGACUUCCUGUGGCACCGAUUUUCUCCGUGGUCGAGAGGAAAUGCAAUCCAAAGAUCUCGGUGUUCGCUUAUCCCACGAUGCGAAGGAUUAGUCGGUGCGCAGGAAGCGAGGAAGAGAUUGGCUACUUGUGCUGCGCGUUUGCUGGUACAGAGUAUCUGAUUGGCCAAGGGACUUAUCCUGAUUUCUGCUUGCUACUCUGGAAUUGGAGGACGGGUGAACGAUUGACAAAAAUAAACGGGACGGACGUGACAAAAUUUGAUAUUAAUUGCACAAGAAUCAUGUGUUCGACCGACUCCUCCCAGCUGAUGACACAAUUCGUGACAUCCACCGGUAUGCUGUCGGUGUAUCGAGUGUUGGCCUGUUCGAAAACUGUUCGCCUCUUUCCAAUCGAAAUUUGUUUCGAACGUAUCCCAGUCUCUUGUUCCUGGUUUGUGGAUGGAAGCUUGCUCUGCUGCGACGAGUAUGGCACCGUUUGGUCCAUCGAUUUUGAAGAAAAACAUCGAAUUCGAACGGUGGUCCAUGCUUCUUCCUUCGAUCGUGUUCCUCUAGACGAGAAUCCUAACCUAGUUUGUCACGCCGACGGCGUGUUACUCGCAUCUACGUCGAAUAAUCGCAUCCAAGCGACGUUUUACAGGAAAUGGCGAAAAGAUGGGAACGAUGAAUGGAAAACAGCUUGGAAGAUUUUGUUACCUUCGUAUCCGAGGCACGCGGAAAGCGAUCCAUCUCACGAUAGGAUAUUGAUUCUCGGGGAAAAUGGGGAUCUUUACGAAUUGCUUGACGCGUUAAGCGAUAAUGCUCGACUCGAAUUUUUAGUAAUACAGAAGAAUGUAAAAUACGUUAACAUAGUUUCGUUGCAGAAAUCGUAUUUAGGGACUUUGGAUAAAAAUGAUCGUUUUACGAUUCUCGAUGUUAAGACUGGCAAUCCUGUCUGUCCAUCUACGCUGUUGGCGCAUCAUGGUAAAGUUGCCGACUUGGCCUCGCAUCCUGUUUUACCGAUUACGCUAAGCUGCAGUGUCACGGGAAAUUGUCUUCUCAUCGACUCGUCAACAAUAACGCAUAAUCCAAGAAUCACUUGCGUUCACCUUCAACGAGAAGCCUUGGAUCGCGUUAAAUUUUCCCAAAAAGCUCGUUUAUUCGGCGUUGCCUCGUUUCAAAUCGGUCGAUUGUUUCUUUUACAAGUAUGCGUCGCCUCGAACGAGUCCAAGAAGCAUAUGAGAGUGGCAUCUUGGUUACAACUCGAACGGAAGAUGAUCGAUUUUCUGAUCUACGAAAUGGACGAAGAUCGUUCCGCCAAGGUAUUGUUACUCGUUGGAAACGAAAAAUCAAGCGAUCCUCGUGCUGGAAACGAGAUUAUCGUGUACUCGUGCCGUUUGUUCGAUCGAGAUCUCUGCGUCGAAAACGCUGAUCGUUCGAUCAAGCUUCUCUCUUUCUUCGAACGCCUUCACCAUGGAAGUGAAUCGAGGCACGAGAUAAUCGGGAUCCCGUAUCUCACUAAACAAUUGCAUCGAAUCGAGUUGAAGGCAAAUUUUCAAGAAGCUCUCCUCGCAGAAGCUCUACCGUCGCUUCAUCAAACCAAAGGUAUCGUGAUCUCCUUUCAUCGUUCAAAAUCUCACGAUAAUCCAAAUCUGAUCACCUGCGGCUUCGAUGGAUUGAUCGUGCGCAGAGACUGUGACGAGCCAAGACGCGUAUUUAACCUGUUCGCCGCGCAUCAUCGAGCGGAGGGUGGCUGUCGAUUCGCCUCGCUCGUCGACGACUCGACGAUCGUCUCGCUGGGAAGGAACGGGGAUCUGGUCGCCAACAGGAUGCUUGCACGUGAUGCGUUACGAGGUUCGAGGACGACCAGCUUCGAGGCUACGAGAAAAAUCGAACGGGUGGACACGAUCGAGGAUCAGGAGGCAGAGACGUGGAUCGAAGAGGUUAUUCGCAGACGGUCGAUGACCGAGGAGAGAGAAACGUUGACGACGUUGCAUCUCUCUGUUCUUAAAGAUUGGAACGAGUUGAAAACUCGAGUUAGAGCGUUGCUCGACGAGAACGAGAGGGCGCCACCGAGCACUCGUCUCCCGAUAUCCGCGUUCGAUGUGAACAAAGAGGGCAGAGAACUCGCGCUGAAAAUGGCCGAGACAAAGGAGAGACAAUUAACGAGAGACGCGGAGGGACGAAUCGCGCAAUUACAACGCUCGACCCGUUACCUGCGCCAACGAUUCCUGGAUCCAUUAAUUGUCCGACCGAGAAGCAUUUAUUCGUUCCUCGAUCGAUCGAAGGUCACCAAUUAUCCUCUUAUGCAAUUAACGUCUCGAGAGACGGAAUUUCCGUCACCGAGUCGAUUCUCGAUGGAAAUCGGCCGACUGGUGUCCAGGUUGAAGAAAAAUGGACAAACGAUGGAUGGCACCGAGAUGGACGAGUUCGUGGACGUUUUCGAAACUUGCAACGUUACCGAUCGAUGGGAACGUGAAUUGAAAGAAAAAUUCAACGAACGGUUCGAGAAGACGCGAUCAGCGAAGCGAAGGGAAAUGAGAGCGAUAACCGAACGGGUGAAAGAAACGAAACGCCUCGUUCUCGAGUUGAAAAACGUGUUCGACGUGGACGCGAGUUCGUCCCUAUUCGAAGCACCUGGUUGGCAUCGAACGGAGAUAUUGGAAGAUAGUUUCGAUCGAGACGAGGGAUCCCCUGAACGCGAAUUGGACGGAGAAAAUGUUGGCUGCGAAGAGAUCGAGUCGAAAGUUGAGGACUUUUAUCAAAACGCGCUCGACAGAAUGAUGGAUGGCGUUCUAGAAGUUAGAUUGGAACACAAUGCGAGGAGAAGAAUUCCAACACCGGACUGCCUUCGAAAAGAUCCCUCCGCUUAUACCGAGCAAGAUAUUCGUUCGAUCGAAUCGUACGAGAAAUUGACUCGCGCUCGGGAAACCGACCGAGCAAAGUACAAAUUGAUGUUAGAAUCUGAGAUCGAAAGGCUCAGAGAAGAAUUCUCGAAGGGUGUGAAAUCGUUUGACGACGAGUUGAACGAUUUGGCCGCGGAAAAGGUGCGGGUCGAGCGAUCGAUACUCUGGCAGAAAUUGUCCAAGAUGGAAGAAAUUCUUCGACGCGGAAAGAUCGUCGAGACGAAACGAGAAAUUCGACGCGUCAUCGAUGAGGAAUUAGUUUCAGCGACGGAGGAGGCGCGCGUUUUGGCCGAGGAGCGGGAUCUGUUCGAGGCAGGCGUCGCCGAGUUGAGAACGGGCUACGAGAACGCGCGAAAACGGGACAAAUCGCUCGAGGAUAAGUUUCGACACGAGUUCAAAGAAUUGAAACCGUCGAUGGUGGAACACCUGUUCCGACAAUAUCGCAAGAGGCCGAGGGCGUUGGCUGGCGGCCCAUGCGGCACGUCACCCUCGCUCCUCGCCGAAUUCGUUCUCUGCGUGAUCGACGAGCGACGAAACCCGGACCUCCUGCCCCGAGAAUGCUCCGGCUACUUGCGAGCAAUCGAGGAACUGGAGGCAAUACCGGAAGGAUUGGCGCGUCGACUCGAGCCUGGUCAUUGGCGGCUGCUUUGUCGCCUCAGAAGGCUAAAAGUGGAAGCGGAGACGAAGGUGAACAGCUGUGCAAUCGAACUGGCAGAAGCGGAGCAGAGUCUGGCGUUUCUGCGCAACAUGUGCUCCGCGAGUCGAGACAAGGUCGAACGAUGCAAACAGAAAUUGGAACGCUUGGAAAAGUCUCUAUCCGAUCUGACCGAUGAUCGAGAAAUCGCAUUGCUUUUGAAAAUGGAACAACUUCGAAUCAGAGCCAAGGGUUGUCCGAGGUCGGAUUGGCGGGACGCGGUUGUUAUAUCGCGGGAGGAAUUGACUCGCGUGAAUCGAGCCAUCUCGAAGGCCGAACGGGAAAGAUCGGUCGCCCAACGACGACUCGCGAAUAUAAAGGACCUCGUUUCGCUCGAGGAGUGGCGUCACGCUUGCGCGAAAAUGAAAAUGGAAGAGUUGCGGGAAAACGCGAAAGAUCUCGAUUCAGUUAAAGUAAGCAGAAUCGUGCGCGAAUGUUGCCAGCGUAUGGAACAGGGAUCGUCGUCGAAAGAUGAGGAUGCUCGAAUUCAAAGUGUUCUGCGCGAUCAACAGGCGUGGCAUCGUUCAGUGGCGGAACGAAAAAAGGUCAGGUUGGAAAAGAUUAAGAAGGAGAUACGGAUUUGGCAACGAAGAAACGCUUGUUCCGAGAUAACGAUUGACCAAUCGUCGAUUCGAAGAGACGAGUUUAUUACCGAGUUACGAGAUCCGCUGCGAUUAAAUGUUGCCGCUUUUAGAACACGUAAAAUCCGAGCGAUAAGAAAAAGGGCGCGUCUCGCGCGUCAGAUUCGAGACAAUUUCGAACGAUUGUCUAUUCUUAAAAAUAUCUUGGAGAUCUCCAAGUUGCGAACUUAUCCAACUUUAAAGUUUAAACUUUAAUGUAUAGAUAUGAUA